UAUCCGUUAUCGAUUUCAUGUAAACUGUCUCAAAUAUUAUAAGCAACGUUAUGGGCGAAAAAGAUUAUGAAGCGACUUACAAAAUUCUUAUCCUGGGAGACAGCGGUGUUGGUAAAACCUGUCUGAUCUUUAGAUUCAUCGAGGAUGUAUUUUCUGAUUCCUACAUCUCAACGAUCGGUAUCGACUGUAGAAGCCGAGUUAUGGAUUUAGAUGGUACUAAAAUACGACUUCAAAUAUGGGACACAGCUGGCCAAGAGCGAUUCAGAACACUAACCAGUGCAUAUUACAGGGGAGCAAUGGGAAUUAUUUUAGUUUAUGAUAUAACUACGGAGGACUCAUUCAAACACAUAUCACAGUGGUUACAGAACAUUCAAGAUAAUGCUUCACCAGAUGUCUGUAAAGUUCUAGUUGGUAACAAACUGGAUGCUGAAGAUGAAAGAGUCAUAGAAACCAGCAGGGGAAAAUCAGAAACCGAAGGCUAUUAUCUAGAAUUUUUCGAAACCAGUGCACGGACAGGGCAAGGUGUUACAGAGGCUUUUAUGGCCGUUGCAAGACAGAUUAAAGAAUCCAGAGAAAGACGGAAUGCCAUGUCCACCACCCAAGAUGGAUUUAACCCCGGGAUUGGAUCAGAAGAACCUGAAAAUUCUCAGCCCGGUGCUUGCUGCAGUUCAUGAAUGGAAAUUUUUAUUAUAAAGAUUAUUUUAAUGGACGCUGAGAUGUGUACCCUAUAGACCUGAAUAUGGCGGUUGAACUAGCUGAACUACGAUUAUCUUUUCUGGUGUGGAGCUCUGUAUUACAACUAAUAAUGGGUCUUAUUUACAGAAUGAAGAUUUUAUAUGAGAAUUUUAGAAUUAAACACAAUUUUUUUCAUUGAUUAUCAUAAAACCGAAACCAAAGGAAUUCUAGACAUUCAACAGAACAAAGGAUUUAUGGAGAACCAAGAAAAUUGAAGGUAGAUGUAAGUAAACCGUCUCAACGUCAGGAUAAUGCGAGUAACAAAGUCACGUAGUGGACCCAUCACAGUUUUUGAAAAUCUCACCCUUGAAAAUCUAAAUUGAUUGUUAUUACCGGUGUGUUAAAGGGACAGUGUAGCAAAGCUUGAUGGAACACAACUCUCACUGAGUUGCUGAAAUACAUAAUGGGAAACAAAAUUGAACAUUUUUUUGCACUGAUGAUACCCGAAAAUUGAAGUCAAUCUUCUUUUUCUUGAAGAUUCGAUUUCACUGAUUCAUCUGUUUAUAUGGUCCGUUAGCUUACAGUUUCGACAUAUCUGUCAAUAGUAUGAAAUCAAAUGAUCGCGGUCUUCAUUAUCUUGAUUAUGAAUUACACAAGCUAAAAAAGUUGUCAAUAAUACAGAAUGUAAAGUUUAAGUCUAGCCAACACAAGGUUUGUAAAUUUUGUAGCGUAUUGAAUUAUCGUAGACGUAGCCUAUUCCAGGCGUUCAAAGCGAUAGUAGUGCCAUGGUAAUGGCUGAGUGAAAAAACGAGUGAGGUUUGGUUCCGACCCAAAUCCGCUUCCUUGCGGGGCUCUGACACAGAUUGCUUCUACCUCGCAUUUUUUGCAACGAAAACUAGUUACCGUUUUACUGAUGGAUGGGCUGCACAAGCUUAUUUCUCGUGCAACUUGUCUACUGACGAAACCGUGACAAUAACUUGCCCAUGAAGAUGAUCAGUACAUUGACGCUUGAUGGAGUAGUUAUCAAAUCACUGUUGAAAAAACCAAAAACCAAGUAAUCAUAACAGCCAAUCAUAACAAAGGUUAACGUCACCAUUAGCCAAUGAGGACUUUGAGUAAAACAGCAAACUACCAAAAGCGGGAAACGCAUGCGACCAAGUAACGAUUGGUUUUUGGCCUGCAUCUGAUUGGUUUAGAGCAUGGCGAGAGUCUUCUAAACCAAUUACAGGCCGAUGUAAAGCAAAACCAAAAUAACCCCGGAUUUCUUUCGACACCCAAUUGAAAAACACCUUAAUGAUACAAUCAAGCAUAUUAAGACACUCGUUAAUUUCAAACUCACUGCAGCAAAUAUUUUUAAUCCAAGUUGGUGUAUUUUGUUAAAAACUAUUACUUUCGAAAGCUUGUCUUUCCACAGAUGAAUUUUCAGUGAAGACGUAAAUGACAUAAUCGUAUACAUCUUUUAUAACCAUAUUUUGUAAAGCAAGGUUCUGUAAUUUGUAGAGCUGUGUUCUUAUAAAUCUAUGCAUCUAAGAACUAAACACCCUCAUCUACCUGUA